AUGGACGACAUAGUGAGCAGGAAGGCUGAGCCAUCUGCUUCUCUAGUGAAUCAGGAAUCUGUCGCUGCAACGAAUAUCUCCUUCUCACCAUCUGCAGAAGCGUCACCAAUAAAUGCAGAGGCCAAUAUCUUCGUAGCAGCCCAGAGAGGGGAUGUCCAGCUUAUCAAAGAGCUCAUCGAGUCGGGAAAGGCGGCAGCAACGGACCGUGACGACCAGAACAUAACCCCGCUUCACUGGGCGGCAAUAAACGCUCAAGUACCAGCUUGUCGGUAUCUCCUCGAGCAAGGCGCAGAGGUCGAUGCGCUAGGAGGAGACCUUGUUGCUACGCCUUUGCAGUGGGCGGCCCGUAAUGGUUACCUCUACGUGAUACAACUGCUCAUCUUCCACAACGCCGACCCUACCAUCACCGACUCGCAAGGUUACAAUUCUCUACACCUCGUCACACACUCAUCGUCUGUCAUGCCACUUCUGUAUCUGCUCCAUCAGCCCAUCAACGUGGACUCGCGUGAUUCGCAAGGUCACACCUCCCUCAUGUGGGCUGCAUAUCAGGGUGACGCAUUGUCAGUCGAUCUGUUGUUAAGGCACGGUGCCAAUCCGAAUACCAAAGACGACGCUGGAUUAACGCCACUGCACUGGGCGGUGGUUAGGGCGAACCGGGUCAUCAUACGGCGGCUGGUCGAAAAGGGUGCGGACCUGACUGCUAAAGAUGGGGAGGGUCGGACGCCGAGAGAGAUGGCAGUGGAAUUGAAGAGCCUUGGAGCAUGGAAACGGGCCCUCGAAGAGGGGGGUAUGAACGAGUAUGGAAUCAAGAAACCCAAACCUUUGAGUGAACGGAAUACCAAAAUUGCAAUAUUCAUCAUACCAACAAUCUUCUUCUACAUGAUCUUCAUGACCGUCACGAUAUUACCGUGGUAUACUGGCCUCCUCCUGGCCAUGGCCGAGUUCUUUGGGAUGCAUCAUAUCGUCACUCGUGUCCUCCUGAACAACAACACGUAUACAGACAGUGUGCAACAGACGCCCUACUUUGCCGGGAUCAUCUUCGGAUCGAUGGUCUGGGUGUUGUUUAGUUGGUUCACGAGGCUUGUACAACAAACGCAAUCACACGCUUUCGCACACUUGACAUUUGCUAUCUCAUUUGGUCUAUGCGCGUAUAAUUUCUUCCGUUCUAUCAUGCUGGAUCCAGGAACGUGUCCUAAGCCAGUCAAUGACGGCGAGCUCAAAACGAUUAUCGAGGACCUUGCUUCUGAGGGUAGACUGAAUGGUCAGACGUUCUGUAUACAGUGCAUGGCUCGUAAACCACUGCGAUCGAAGCAUUGUCGGAUAUGUGACCGGUGUAUCGCCCGCAGCGACCAUCAUUGUCCAUGGGUUUGGAACUGCGUGGGUUUCAAUAACCAUCGCCAGUUUGUGAUAUUUGUGUUGAUGCUUGUCACUGGCAUCAUCUCUUUCGAUUAUCUCGCCUAUCAAUUCUUCUCAACGAUACCACUCUCUAUGGACCCGGCGGACAUCUCGCCCUCGUGCCCUCUAACCGCAGAUCUAUGUCGUAUAACAUCGUACGACACCUUCCUCGUCGCCGUCACGGCCUGGGCAACUCUUCAGCUUUCAUGGACCAUCGUCCUCCUCGCCUCCCAGAUCUGGCAGAUCGUCCGGCAGAUGACUACUCUCGAAGUGUCCAACCUGGGAAGGUUUGGCUUCAUGGGAGGACGUGGUGGUGCAAGCAUGAAUGGACAGAUGGGACACCGUCACAGCCAUCGAGGCUUGAGCACAGAGGAUACUGCGCUUGUGUCACCACAGCCGGAGCAUCAACAUCGUGCCGGCGGAUUUUUGAUGAACCUUUUGGGCUUUGACAGGUUUACGAAAGGCAAAGCGGUUGACGGGCUCGCUCGUGCGGGUAAAGCAAGCAAUCCGUUCGAUUUGGGAAUGUGGGGCAAUUGCAAAGAUUUUUGGACAGCUGGGAAAGAAUUAGGAGUGGAGUAUGACAAGCUGUAUGAUGUGCCCAUAGAAGGAUUCCGGGAGGCAAAGAGGAGGCGAGAGAGGGAGGACGAACUGGAUGAACCCGGGGCGAAGAGGACUGCGAGGAAGGGGCUGUUCAUGGGGUUAGGGUUGGGUAUGGGGAGAGCAGGAAGUAGUAGAGGUGCGUAUGAACCUGUUAGUCAGGUAUAG